AUGUCGACGUCCAAGGUCGUCCACUGGCCCACUGGCGGUGGUGGCUGGGCGGCCGCCUUGACAAACUUUGCCAAGGCACCCAAUCCCCAAGCGACGUUGCCUGCCGGCGUCUACUUGAGGUCUGACGAAUCGACGCUCACCAUCUUCGACGGAUAUGCCAAGGCCAGAUUUCACUUUCUCGUCCUGCCUCGGAUCCCCUUUCACCUCGAUAGAAACGACGAGGCGAGCGCGAGCAAAAAGGCCGCUCCCCAGCUCGGACUGGCUGGCAACGGCAAGCUCUCGCUCGGCUCCAGCGGUCCGUCGGGUACGGUGCCCGCGUCUCAUCUCGCGUCGCUCAACGACCUCCUGGCGAGUCCCCACGCCGGCGCGGUCCUCUCGAAGCUGCGCUGCGCAAGCGAGCCCGUCGUCGCGAUGAUAGAGGACGAGAUGCGCCACACGGUCCUGCCCGGCGCGGCGGAGCCCUGCGGCGCGACCUGGGGCGUCCAGAUCGGCUUCCACGCAGUGCCCUCGAUGGAGCAAGUCCACCUCCACAUAAUCAGCCAGGACCUCGUGUCGGACCGGCUGAAGCACAAGAAGCACUACCUCUCCUUUCUCCGCCCUCACGGCUUCUGGCUCGACCUGACCGACGUCGAGGCCCUCGUCCGCAGCGGCCAGCGCCGGCUACCAAAGAGUAAAGUACACUACGAGGCGCUGCUGCGGGAGCCACUGUAUGCAUACACUUCCACGGGCGCACGACGCGAGUUCGCAAGCAUGCCUCGGCUCAAGGAGCACCUCGAGCGGGCCUGGGUCGACGGUCUGACGAAAAGCGCAGAGGAGGCCGGCGCACGGUCCACCGCCAGCAAGCGGAGCAGAAGUAGAAGCUCAGGUAGAGAAGGCGAAGACGUACCGCAGGGACAGCGGCGCAGACAGUCUAGCUCGGCCUCAGAGACGGCGUCCGAGAGAGAUUAGAUUGAGGGAGCGCAUGUAAUUGAGCGUUUAAUGAGGAGACCACACAUUCAGCAACCACAGAUGAUGGUCCUCUGCACAAAUUUGGGCUCUCUAUCGUAGCCAAAGAACUCUGUC